AUGGUGGGGUGCCUAGGGGGUGCUAAGGAGAAAGGAGGAGUUGGGGUAGGCGUCUGCGAGAGCUGGGUCCGCCCGCGAUUGGCGGAGAGGCCACGAAGCGUUGUGAGGAUUCAGCCCCCGGCGGGUAGGACGCACCAGCCCCGCCCCAGCCCUCGGGCCGCGUCUCUACGGCCCCCCACGCCGGACUUAGGCGGGAGCGAGCGCGCCGGGGCCGGGAGGAUGCAGCGCCCGCUGUGGCUUGGGGGAUCCGAGGGGCUCCGGUUGUUUCUCUGCUUCCUGCUGCUGAUCAGUCGCCCAGGGGACUGCAGCGACAUUAGUGGCCACGAAGGUCAGGGCCAAGUGGGAGUGGGGCAGCUCUGGCCCCUCCAAGGAUUUACCAGCCCACUCUUCCGGCAUUUGCGAGUUGUACUCCAGCAGAUUGUGCCCCAAGGUUUGUUCUGGAAGGAUGACAUCACCCAGAAUGUGAUGACCCAGGAGAUGGAGCACAUCAGGAGACUCCACCCCCAAGAUCCAUGUCUGAGGGAUGGGCAGGCAGCCUUUCCCACCAAAACCACUGGAAGCCCAGUGUCCAAGGUGAACAGGGACCAGUGCUUUAGCUCCAAAGUGGUUUCAAAUGCCCUGAAACGAGAGGUGGCCAAGCCUGUCAAGGGCUUCUUUAAGCCUCCCCCCACGGCGGGCCGCAACCUCGUAGCUGAUUGA